ACGGGAAGGCGAAUCAGAUUCAUAAUCAGCAAGCAACAAUGUCCACUUCCGAUCCCAACAAAUUGAUGGCCAAAGCCGACAAGCUAACAACACUCAGCCUUACUAGAUGGAGUGCUGAUUGGAAAAGUGCUGUUUUAUUGUAUGAGCAGGCCGCUAAUGCAUUUAGGGUUGCAAGAAAUUAUGAGAAAGCAAAAUUGGCAUUCGAAAAAACUUCUAAAGGACAAGAGAUGCUCUCUUCGCCCUGGGAUGCUGCCAAGCACAUGGAGUCUGCUGCUUCCCAAGCCAAGGAAAUGCGCAGCUGGAGUGAAGUUGCAGAUUUUUACAGAAGAGCAUCUGAACUAUAUAUGCAGUGUGGAAGAUCACAGCCUGCAUCAGAUGCUCUUGCGAAGGGUGCACGUGCUCUAGAAGAUGCUGUGCCUGACGACGCCAUUCAAUUGUAUACCGAUGCCUGUGAGAUUCUGGAAGAGGAUGGGAAGGAACAGAUGGCAUUUGAUCUGUACCGUGCUGUCACUAGUGUUUAUAUUAAGCUUGAGAAGUAUACAGAUGCUGCAACGUUCCUGUUGAGGUGGGGCUUAGCUGCUGACAAGUGUAAUGCUAGUAAUAGUCAAUGCAAGGCAUAUCUUAGUGCUAUAAUUGUGUAUCUUUAUACUCAUGACUUCAAGCAAGCUGAGAAGUGCUACAAUGAUUGUUGCCAAAUUGAUGCGUUUUUAAGAAGUGAUCAGAGCCGCUGUGCAAGUAAACUACUUUCUGCAUAUGGAGAAGGUGAUGUAGAGGAAAUUAAACGUGUGGCUCAGUCUAGUACUAUUUCAAAUCUCGACCAUGUGAUCAUAAGACUUGCAAGAAAGCUGCCAACUGGUGAUGUUAGCUCGCUGAAAUCCGAUGCUUCUAAAGGGGAAGAAGAACCACUGGAUGAAAAUGAUCUCACCUGAAAAGUUUUCACCUUUUCAAUUCAGUAGUAGUAUUUUUAUCAUAAACAGAUGGGUCCCUGUGUGAAUAUACCUCUGAUAAGUUUGGUUUGGUAAUUGCAUUUUAAUGAAUGGAAAUUAACUACUUGUGCCUUCUAAACAGUUGCUUUGGUAAACACUCUUUUGUUAAUUCGUGCAUGAAAUCUAUAAUUUGAAUAUUUUUACUUGUGAAUGGAAUAUAGUACCUAUUCAUAU